AUGUCAGAAAAGCCUAAUCAUUACUACAAUAGUUCAAACUAUAACAACAAUGCAUUAAGUCGACCUGUUCGACGACAUUUAGUUAAUGUCUAUUUGACAUUAGCAGCCAUGUGUGCAAUUGCUACGUUUGGUUCACACAUAGGAGACUACUUGGGACCAAGUGGAACAAGUAUAGGAUCAGUUGGAGCCCUGGGAAGCAUGUCGAUGAUACGAUUCACAUCCAUAAACAGUAACAGUCGAUGGGGACUCUUACUGGCAUACUCUAUCUUUAGUGGCAUCGCCAUUUCCACCUUUAUAUCCUUUAUCUUAAACUGGGAUCCAACAGGGAACAUUGUCUUUCUGUCUCUUACUUCAGCUGCCUUGGUCUUUUUAGGAUUUACCCUAAGUGCCUUGACCUCCAGUCGACGCAGUACAAUGUAUGUUGGAGCAUUGGCGAGUAGCGCGAUCAGUGUUUUGCUGUGGUUAUCAUUAGCCAACAUCUUUUUUUUCCAAUCAUCCAAUCUGUUUUCAUUUGAAUUAUACGCAGGCUUAUUAGCCUUUGCAGGAUUUGUGAUGUAUGAUACGCAAAUGAUCAUUGAUAGAGCCAAUGCGGGCAUCAUGGAUAUUCCAGGACAUGCCAUUGAACUCUUUAUGGACCUGUAUGCGCUUUUUGUCCGAUUUGCCAAUAUCUUUUUGAAAAAGGAAAUGGAACGGGAAAAUGACAAACGAAGGAGACAAAGAGGAGGCUUUAGAUUACAACGAGAAUAA